CGCCCAUAUCCUACGCGCCAUGGCCGAUUCCGACCCCAACAAGCUGCCCACCCCGGCAUCAUGCACAGCCGAUUUCUGCCUCAUCCCAAUCGGCACGCCGACCGCCUCGGUUUCCCAAGAAGUCGCCCAUGUCCAACGCUUCCUCAAGACGGCCGGCGUGAACUACUCCAUGCACGCCGCCGGCACGACCCUCGAGGGAUCCUGGGAGCAAGUCAUGACCGUCAUCGGGCAAUGCCACACGAUGCUGCACGCGCGCGGCGUCGUGCGGAUCCAAAGCGACAUCCGCAUCGGCAGCCGGACGGAUAAGAAGCAGACUUUCCAAGACAAAGGUAUGUCCAACCCUGGCGCGUGAGACGUUAGCGGGUAUUCCUGUUCAUUGAACGAGUAUAGUCGACGCCGUGGAAAAGUUACUCUCUGCGGAUAAACAGCAGCACGAAGGUGCUCAAGAGGGCGUCGCGGCUGAGAAGAAGAAGGAAAAUGCUGAUUAUGGUGAGGCGGAGCUGGAUGUGAGC